AUGGAACCAACUGACACUAAAGAGGACUAUAUUCAACAACGAUUGAACAAAGUAAUGGAAUCUCGUAUUGAAACUGAUCGAGAAACGCUGGAUGCGCUUACGGAUUUAUCAACAUUCUUCAAAGAAAACACUCUUCAAUCGAGACGUAACCUGCGUAGUCAAAUCGAAAAAAGAAGCUUAGAAAUUAAUCAGAACUUUCUGAGUGCGUUUAAGGAAGUAAAAGAAUUGUUGGACGGUAUAUGUGAUGACAUCAUCUCUAUGAAUCAAUCGGUUGAAAACAUGAAAUCGCAAUUGCAUAACACUGAAGUACAAACGAAGUACCUUAUUCAGCAGGCAAACACGUUUCAGGAAGAAAAUUCCAAACUGCAAAUUCAACAAAAGAUCGCCAGUGGGUUUUUAUCACGGUUCCAACUGUCCGUUACCGAACAUCAGAUGUUAUACGGUUCGAAGCGCGACGCACCGAUUUCCGCGGAAUUUUUCCAGGUGCUGGAUCGUGUACAGGGAAUUCACGCCGACUGUCGAACACUUAUGCAAAGCGGCUACCAAACAGUGGCACUGGACAUAAUGGAAGAGAUGACAUUACAUCAGGAAGCGGCACUGGAAAGACUGUACCGUUGGACACAGUCUCAUUGUAGAAACGUGGAAUCCAACGAAAUGGGUGUACUAAUCGUAGAAGCAAUGGCAAGACUGCAGGAGCGACCGGUGCUGUUCAAGUAUGUUAUAGAUGAAUAUUCCACAGCGCGUCGUUGCGUGGUUGUACGAAAUUUCAUCGACGCACUUACAGUUUGUGGUCCCGGAGGAAAUCCGAAACCCAUAGAAAUGGUAGCCCAUGACCCAAAACGGUAUAUUGGUGACAUGUUUGCAUACAUUCAUCAAAUACUGCCUCCUGAAAAGGAAAAUCUUCAAAUGCUGGUAAGGAACUGUGACAAGGAGGAAAUUUCGGAACAGCUUCAAUCGGCAAUGAUUAACCUAUCAGAUGGGGUGUAUCACCCACUUCGUGUGCGUGUAGAAACGAUUCUCAACACAGAAAAAGAUACCAUCGUUCUAUACUCCAUUUUCAACUUAAUCAAAUUCUACCAGAACAUGAUAAAUGGAAUUGUGAAAGGAGGCCAGCUGGAGCAGUGUAUGGCUAAUAUGCAGCUGUUAUCUGAAACGAUGUAUCUAAGCAGUUUAAAAAUCCAAGUAAAACUGUUACUACAAGGUCCGAACGAGAACCGGAUCGGCCUAGAGCCUCCACAAAUGGACCUAGUGCCGUCGCAAAGUGUAGGUCAACUCCUGAACCUGUUAAAGGAAAUACUAUCCGUUGCAAGCAUGGUUGCCGGCAGUCAAACUGACAUUGUGAAAAUCGUCGGUUGUGUCAUUGAUCCAUUGUUACAAUCGGUACAAGAAUCAGCCUCACAUCUACCCACAACAGACAUGGCUGUGUAUCUGUUGAAUUCGUUAUAUCAAAUAGAAAGUGUUAUUUCGAUUUACGAGUACAUGGAAGAGCGAUUGGAACGGCUGCGUGCCCAAUCGGACGCCCAAAUUGACACACUGACAUCAGAGCAAGCUUCGUCACUUGUGGCAAAUCUCAAUCUGGGCCCUAUUUACACUGUACUCCAAGGAAAUGCAGCACAGAUCGAUCACAGGCAUCUCCAGACUUUUAUGACAAAAUUUGAGCAAUUUUUGCAAACUCCCGAAAUGUUAUUAGUUCCGCAAGUAAAUCUGCUCAUUAGCAGUGCACAUCGGGCAACGGUCCAAAAGCGAUCAUUCAACGUGAUCAUCGCGAUUUAUCGUCAAAUCUACGAACGCAUAAAUGAUCCCAUGAACGGGUAUAAUGAUCCCGAAACGAUUCUGCCUAAAACACCCGAAAAAGUAGCGGAGUUACUUUGUGGGUAA